CCGUACUUUCUCUUUCUUUCACAAGGAAGAAGGGACAGAAACUCAGAAGGAGACACUUUGGAGAACGAAAAUAAGUCAGAAGAAGAUGGCUGGAUACGCCGGUGAACCUUCUGAACUUGGAGAGGGUGGGGGAGAUGGGCCGGCGACAGACGAAACAGACGCCAAGCCUGACCGCAAAGGGAGAUUUCUACUAUUUGGGAGCAGGAAGAAUAAGGAUGGCCAGACGCGGGAGCAGGACUACUCUUCGGAAAGCCAUUACAGAAUUGUUUCACCAACAUUCCAGUAUAAGAUGAGCCACCGGCGAGUGGGAAAGUGCAUCAUCAUCAAUAACAAAAACUUUGAUGAAAAGACGGGGAUGAAUGUACGCAAUGGCACAGAUAGAGACGCAGACGAGCUUCACAAGUGCUUCAAGAACCUGGGCUUUGAUGUCAUUCUUUACAACGAUCAGACGUGUGAGAAGAUGGAGCGUCUUCUCCGAGAGGCCUCGGAAGAAGACCACAGUGACAGCUCGUGUUUCGCCUGCAUCCUGCUGAGCCACGGCGAGGAAGGCAUGAUCUACGGCACAGACGGAGCCAUGCCCAUCAAAGCGAUGACCUCGCUGUUCAGGGGGGACAAGUGCAAAAGCUUAGUGGGAAAGCCAAAACUCUUCUUCAUCCAGGCUUGUAGGGGUUCAGAAUUUGAUGAUGGUAUACAGACAGAUUCAGGUCCACCAAAUGAUGCCCUGGAGACAGAUGCAAAUCCAAGACAUAAGAUCCCCGUAGAGGCUGAUUUCCUCUUUGCCUAUUCCACUGUGCCAGGAUAUUACUCAUGGAGGAAUCCUGGGCGUGGCUCCUGGUUUGUACAGGCGCUCUGCAACGUCCUGAACGAGUUUGGAAAACAGCUGGAGAUAAUGCAGAUCCUGACACGGGUCAAUUACAUGGUGGCCACCAGCUUUGAGUCCUGGUCUGAAGACCACCGCUUCAGUGAGAAGAAGCAGAUUCCCUGUGUGGUCUCUAUGCUGACCAAAGAACUGUAUUUCAACUGACUGCCGAUCCACCUGACUGUACUGUAAUGAUGCCACAGACUGACCGACUGACUAACUAGACUGACUAGACUAGACUGUGUCAGGUACUGAUUAAGCAGUCAAAGCAUUCAGGGAUGAUUCAGGCCUGGCAGGAUGCUUCAUAUUUCAUGCACAUAUGACAUUUUGCAUGUAGACUUGGGGCUGAAAAGCACUACAUGAGAAACAAAAACAUUACAGUGGCACACGGCGUUCAUGUGUUGAUAGUGAAACUUCUUCCUCUUCUUCACAUUCUUCUACUUCUUCAGAAUAAUGGUGUCACAUUUGAUCUGAUCUUCGUUGACAGGCGUUGUGAAAUAUCCAUGUUAUUCUACCAGCCCGGAAAAUUUCCUGCCAGGUUUUGUGGGUUUAUAGAAUCGUCUAUACGUCACUCCAUUUUCCAGCAUUUGCAGUAGAUGUUUGAAGGGACUGUACCCUAUGAACACGGGCAAGCAAGGAUGGGCAAAAGUUGGCUCUUGGUAUUCUACGACUCUCAGUGGAAAAACAUGUUGUCAUUUUGAUUGAUCUAAUAUGAUUUGAAAAACUAAAUUAAGCCCCUUUUAGAUUCAUUAGGCAGUUUAUAGAAAUCUUCAGUAGGAAACUGAAAUGAGUGAUUACUAGAACUUUGAUUGCUGUAGGAGUGUUGAGGGACCUGCCUUCAUUACAGACCCUGUGCAAUGAAUUGUUAAAGAGAAAAAUGCCUUUUAAAAUGACUUAGAUCAUUUUCAGCUACCUGCAUUUUAAAGUUUCUACUGUCAAUUGUCAGAAAAAGAGACAAAAGAAAAGACAAACAGAUCAGAAACAUGUCAACCCUCUUGCCAAAGGCUUCUUGUCUCAGCCUUCCUAGCAAGUUUAAGUUUGUAGCAGAAAGCUGGUAUCCUCAGGUUCUUUAAUGUCCAUGAAGUGGGUAAAUGUCAUGUUAAUUUCAUAUCCAUAGUGGUUAGGAAGAUGUGAUUGUUUGCUGUGUAGUGAUUAGUUCAGUGAGGUUUUGGGUCAAGUGCAUAGCAUAGAGUCCGCCCUAUUAAAAAUGGUCCUAUUUUACCACUGUUCUCAAUGUAAUGUUGAAGGCUUCACUUCUUUAAACUCAAAUAAGUUCAUUUAUGCACCAUUAUGCAGUCAAAAAAACAGUGUAAUGGAUUCUGCUUGUUAUCUUUAGAGUUAGACAUUCUUCUUUAAUAUUUUUACUAAAUAAUGAAAUAAAUGCUGUAUGAUUAUAACACUAGAUAGACAAAAGAAUGUCUAAAGCUGUGUUGUAAAUUUGUGAAAUAUCAUAGUCUUAACUUGGACUGGGGCCUUAAGCACAAAUGCCAAAUCAUUUUACUGAAUACAUUUAUGUUCUCUACUUAUACACUACACAGUAGUAAACUAUCAGUCUCAUACCAAAUCUCUUUUAUUCAUUUUUUUAAACUGUUGCUAUGCUUUCCUUAUGCAAUUAGGACAUAUAACAACCACAAGAGCUCAUGACCAAGACACCAAAGACCCUAAACUCCCCCAGUUAGGGUAUUAACUUGUCCCAGACCUGAAGUGGCCACUGUACCCUUAAAAAGCAUGGCCUCUGACUUAGAGGGGAUGAUUCUCAUUCCCAUCACUUCACACUUGACGGGUCGAGUGUGAAGUGAUGGGUCGCUCUACAGGUCGCUCUGCAUUCCUGCCCUUAAAGAUAGGUGGAAUAGAGGAAGUGGAGCCACUGCCUCUUCAUAUAGCAAGGAACCAGUUGCCCGGGGCAAACCCAGGACUCUGGGGAGAUUACAUCUCUUGGCUGGUUUGGGAGCGACUUUGUGUCUCCCAGAUGAGCUGGAAGAGGUGGUGGGAUGAGGGAAGCCUGGGUUCUCUGCUUAGACUGCUACCCCUGCAAUCUGAACUCUGAUAGGCAACAGAGAAUGGAUGGAUGGGACGGACAAAUUUCUAAACAAUUUAAUUAAUUAAAUAACAUUUGUUACAACUUAAACAAAGUUUGUUUCUGCAAAUAAUUUGUUAUUGAGUGUUUUUAAUUACAAAGGCAGCUAUUACUGACAUUCUGAACAUACACACUCCACAUGUCCACAAUCUCCCUUUUUCUAAAAGGUUUUUCCAUAAUUCAUAUAACUGCAUGUCUCGGUACCUUAGAGGGGGAAGUUCAGCAGUUGGUUUCUUUUUUUUUUUUUUUUAGCUAUUUAUGCUUUUUUAAUUAAAAAAAUAUAUAUUAUUAUUAUUUUUUUUUUUAAUCAGGAUGGUAUUCCCCAUCCAUGUCCAUUGUACCCACAAGUGUUAAAUCUUCUCAACACAUGGAUCUGUGAUGAGCGAUGUAGUGCCUAACCUGUGCCAAAAGGAGUUUUUGCUCCACUUAUUUUGGAAUGGAGUUGAAAAAGGGGGAAAAUGUGUUUAGGGGUAAAAUUUUAAAUGCUUUCAGGUUUUAAAUGCUGUUGUCCUCAGGAAUAUAUUUGAAAAGAUUUGGGAAAAUGAAUGACUGAAUUCAUGAUUUAUUUCUUUUUUUAUUUGGGGCAAUACAUUAUUUAAACAACUUCAAAAUAAAGAAAUGCUCAUGUAAACAGUUUAUUGUAUUAAACUUACACAGUUUAUAAUGUAGUGAAGUCUGUAUCAUUUGUCUUGCACAUCUGUAAACAGACCCCAUUGAAACCAUUGUUUUUUGGUAGGAUGGUGCUUACAUACACAAACAAAUUAUGAAGUCACUGGGUAUUUUUAAAUGUUUCCAUGUGUUUCACUCAGUGCUCAGUUAAAAUUUGGGAGUUGCACUUGUAUUGGUAAAAACAUUCCAGGAUCAGGAUGGAUAUUAAAGCUUUUUUAAAACAUUUCUCUCAUUGUCAUCUUAAAAACAUUAAACUUUUUUUUCUAAAUCGUG